AUGCCUCUCUUAAACUUAAGACCUGGGCAGGACGAACAACUUCUGAAUCACAUUUCCAAGAUAGAAAGCAGACCAGCUAAUCCUCGUGGCCUGCCUAGUUCAAAGCUUGAGAAAGAAUUUCAGCCGAUGGUUUGUUUACUACUGGUGGAACUGUGUGAAAAAUUUACUUUCUAUGGCAUCGUCUGCAACAUGAUUCUUUUCUGCACCAUCAAGCUCGGUUAUCACAACUACGAAGCCGCCAUGCUCAAUGUUUGCUUUGCUGGGGCGUGUACGGUGGCCCCAGUUCUGAUGGGCUGGCUUGCUGAGCACCCAGUGGGACGGAUCAGACUUGUGUACCUGUGCGCCUUGUUGCAUUUUAUUGGUACAGCCCUGUUACCUGUGGUGGCCUUCCCUUUUGAGGAUUUUUUCAUAGAUAAGCACUACGUCCUCCACACUUUGGCUAAAAAGAAGCAGGAAGUCCUCUUCUACAUUGCGUUGUUGGCCACCUGCCUUGGCUCUGGAGGAAUAAGAGCCAUUGUGUGUCCUUUAAGUGUUUAUAACCCCGAUGAACACAGACCAAAGGAGCUUCUGUCCUUCUUCAACUGGUUUUAUUGGUUGGUCAGUCUCAGUUCAGCCAUUGUCUUCAUCAGCAUUUCAUACAUCCAGCAGUCAGUGGCCCAGAACCUGGGUUUUCUUAUUCCGUUCGUUUCCGUCCUUAUGGGACUGAUCACAAUUCACAUGGCACGUAGCGAAAUGAUUUACCAGCCCCCCAAAGGUAACUGCCUGUUGACAGUCUGUGGCAUAAUCAUCAACGCAUUGAAGGUGUGUUGUAUACAAUGCCGCUAUUUCAGUGGGAACGUGGCAAACUGGCUGGACCACGCCAAGGAAAACUAUGGAGGCCACUACACCGAAACACAAGUGGAAAACACAAAAUUGCUCAUCCGUCUCUUUCCUUUAUUUGCCUUCCAGAUCCUUUAUCGAUCGUGUGUCAUGCAAAUCCCAUCUGGAUAUAAUAUACAGACAAUGAAUUCCAAUCUGAAUUUGAACGGAUUCCUUUUGCCGAUCGCUGCCAUGAAUUUAAUAAGCAUCUUGCCAUUUUUAAUUCUGGCGCCCCUUCUGGAGUGUGUCAAUGCUUGUUUGUUGAACGCCAAAAUGACUGGAUGGUAUCCUAUGAUCUGUAUUGUUGUAGGUAAUACGUCUGCAACUCUUUCCAUGGUUGUUGCUGGUUUCUUUGAGCUACAUCGGAAGCAUUUCCCUCUGGUUCAACAGACGCUUUCAGGAAAAGAGCUCCUUGUUUCUUCCAUGUCAUGUCUCCAUUUGGCCCCACAAUACAUCUUGCUUGGCAUAGCAGAAACUCUAGUGACACCCACCUGUGUCUUCAUUACAUUCCGAUGUCUGCCAGGUCAAAUUCGUGGGGUUGCCAUGCAAAUCUUGGCUUUCUUCAAUGGAGCCGGUUGUAUCAUGGGUGCCUUCCUUAUCCAAACAACUUACAUUGGUUCACAAGGUGAGUGGUUUCCAAACAUUCUAAACGAGGGUAAAUUUGAGAGAUUUUUCUUCUUCCUGGCUUCAUUAAUGAUUGUGAACAUUUUGGGCUUCUGGACCAUUUCACACAAAUAUAAUAAUCUUCAGGAAGACUAUGAUGAAGGAUUCAGAGGGAGCCUUCUUCAGGAGCAGCUUUUACAGCAUGAGAAAUCACUUAAAUUUUAUGAUAGCAUCCUGGUUUGCCCGUCUCCCUUGUCCCGGAUGGAAAUGCUCCUGCAAACUCACCCUCUGAAAACGACUGGCUGA